CGCUUUCUCCCCUUCACCACGGCAUGCAAAGAGAGGGAACUUCCAACUUGGAGUUCCCCCACAAGCACACCGAGUAAGUAGUACUUUCUUUUUUGGAUUUUCUGGAAAUGGCUAGUGAGUUGUUUCCAAGGUGUGGUCGUCUUGACGUUUGCUGGUGUAGAAAGUCUCCGUUGGCAACCCGAGUGCUUGAGGUAACAGGGACACGCUGCCUUGACAGCCAGUCUAUUAAAGCGGCCAAAUCUUUUGUCGCCUUCGUGGUCCCGAAGAUCGGGAUUUCCACGUGUAUUGUGAGUGUGGCUCCAAAAAGAGUGAGGAAAUCGGUUCGAAAACACCGUUCGUUUUGCGGCAAGAGCGUAAUUGGCAAUAUGCAACGGAACUAACUCCGAUGUAGGCUGCAUGCAAACUCCUGGCAAUCCCCGAGUGCCAGUGCUCUACGGGGCCUUGCUUCUUCUCUGGAUUGUCUCUCCAGCUCACACAUCUCCUACAUGCUAAUUUAUUCUCGUGUUAUGACAGAGAAAAAGUUUUCUGGUCUUCGUUCGAGCCCCUGUGCCGCGUGGUUCGCGACACUCCGACACCGUUCACACUUCUGCCCGCUUGUCUUGCGCAGGAUAGUCUAUCCAGAAAAGGGAGGGAAACAACACGUGUUCCGCGGAAAUCCCUUUGUCAUUUGGCACGAUUCCUGGAACACAACCUGGACAAGCAGAACAGCGACUCUGCUGUGGAGACUGUGUAGCGUUCGACACACUUAUAUGAUGUCAGUUGCCUAAGAUUCAGAUUGCUGCUUUCUGCCCGAGAGUCUGAAAAACAGCGCUUGCCUAGACGUGAUUUUUGUGAACCACUCCCGACUUUGUUGCCUGAAUAUGCAAGCCUUUCACUGACGGAUAUGGGUUGAAAGCUGUCGCCGGCGAAAGGCUUCCUCCGUGUCUUGGUUGCACAAGUUAGUAUGAAUCGAAGCUCCCACCUUCGAAACCGCCAUGGUCCCUCUUGGGUACAACUCGUCUUAGACUUGUCUACCCUGGCGGCCACGCCUACAGCAACUCUCGUCCCUCUCACCUAUUUGCCGCAAAACUUCCUUGGAAAACUUCGGGUCUUCCACAAUGCGGCGGCCCGGCCAGACCAGUGUCCUUGCACUGCAAAACCCUAAUCCGCAAGGAAGUCGGUUCCGGUCCGAGGGAGGUGAGAUGGAAGCGGCGCAGUCUCCGUCUGCAGGGCCGGUAGAGUUCUCUCCGGUUUUUUCGGAGAAAACGGAGUUUCUGAAAUUCUCCCGUCGUUCGGCGAAUGCGCGCGUCUCCUUGUCCGCAGUGGGUGGCGGUCCGCCGGUGUACGCUUUGUCUUCGGGUGCCUUGUACGGCAGUGAAACGUUCCGACCUAAAUAUGUGCUUACGCAGAUUGUUGUUCUGCAGUCUGCCUUCUACCUUCUGUAUGCUCUCAUCGCUCUCGGCGCACUGACAUGUUUUGUUGCGGAACGCGGAGACUGGAUGCCCAGUCUUCCCUUCACAGGCGAGGAGGCAGCCGGCGUCAGCUCUGCCGCGGCAGCCUUCCCAGACUCGGCUGUUCUGGGGGGAGAGUCGGAAACACCUCAGCGUUCUGGCACUGCACACUCUGCAAACAGGGCCGCCACACCCGUGGGGGUUGACUCCAACGGCGGGGUUUCCGAUCCACAAGGAAAGAGCCCCCAGUCCAUGGCGCAAGACGGCGCCCACUUUUUCCAAAGUCGGACCGGUGGCAGAUAUCGCGGGAGUGGACGCGGUCUAAGACGCGCAAAAAUCUUGUUUGAGACAGAGCUGUACCGACUCGCGACCAGUGAAGGCCGCAUUCUACUUCUCGUCUUGUUUCUCACGAGCCUCGCAAUGUCGUACCUGGUCUUCUUGGUCGUCCAGAGGACGCGGAAAUGCCUCGAUUUUUGUUUCUCUAUUCACUUCUUUCACCUUCUGGCUUGUUGGAUAUUCGGCGGCUUCCCCUCAAACUCAAGUUGGUGGUUGUGCAGCGCGGCGUCUGCAACGGCUACAACAGCACUCUCUCAGUAUUUUUGCCGAAAAGUCGAAAUGCAAGAUAUCCAAUUGGAAAGGCCACCCGCCGGUCACCGUCGCUUUUCGUCGGAGGGUGACAGCAUCACCUCUAUAGGGACCGACAGCAGCGACAGCAGUGGUGGCUUCUAUACGUCCGGUACAGAACCUGCACUGGAAAGAGAGACACUAGACGACGCACGCGUCACGAGAGAAUUGCAUGUGGCCUCUUUCGUUGGCGAUGGAAAUGCCCGGGAAAAUCCAAAUCCAAAGCCAAUUCUUGUCGGCCGAUCUGUUUCGGUGCCUCCUGUCCGAGAACGCUCUCCGGAAACAGGAAUGAUGGGUCCUGCAACUCAAGACGGAAUCGAACUUAGACUGUUGUGACAUCAGUGCUUCCGUUUUCACAGUUGUGAGCAACCGGCUCAAAACAAGUGAUGGACGCAAAGUUUAGGGCCGCUUUUCCUUUUUGAAUGCUUGAGAUCAUCUGCUACCGUCCCGAAAACCUUCUACUUGCCAUCCUGCUGCCUACGGAAACGGCUGGGGCGGCCUACGUCACUUUUCUAAAAGCAUCUCACAGGAUGUCACAUAUCUAAGUGGCUAAGUAGAUGUGUUUUGUUUGGAUUCAACAUGCGCUCCCGCUCUCAAACAAUGCUGCAUUCUAGAGAUACGGGGUACGGCCAGUUUCCUGCUAACCCUGAAUCACGGUAUAGUUCGCACCAGUUGGAGCAGCACUUAAAACCCUUACUCGAGAAGAGGAGUAGUGGCGCCGAUAUUUAUCACUGGUUUAAAGCGAUUCGGGACGAUCUACCUUUGACGCAGCAUUCGGGGCUAAUGGUCUGUGCUCUGUGUACCUGGACAUCUAUGUGGUUUAUGUUGACAUGACUGUUCAACUAAGGUGGAACUCUGAGAUAUUUAGGCUG